CCCGGGCCGCGCGGGCGCAUUGGCUGCGCGGGGCGCGGGCGCACGGUGGCACUUUGAACCGGGCUCCGGGCAGUUGCGGUCGGGGUCGCGGUAGCGGCCGGGUCGGGCAGGCCGAACUGCAGCUAAGCGGGAGAUGGCUGCCGAGGCGCGCGUGUCGCGCUGGUACUUCGGAGGACUGGCCUCCUGCGGGGCCGCCUGCUGCACACACCCGCUGGACCUGCUCAAGGUGCACCUGCAGACGCAGCAGGAGGUGAAGCUGCGCAUGACGGGCAUGGCGCUGCAGGUGGUGCGCUCUGAUGGUGUCCUGGCACUCUACAACGGCCUGAGCGCCUCGCUCUGCAGACAGAUGACCUACUCCCUGACGCGAUUCGCCAUCUAUGAGACAGCGCGGGACCACCUGGCCAAGGGCAGCCAGGGGCCUCUCCCCUUCUCCACCAAGGUGCUGCUGGGCGGCUUCAGUGGUUUAACCGGAGGCUUUGUGGGGACCCCCGCGGAUUUGGUCAAUGUCAGGAUGCAGAACGACAUGAAGCUGCCCUCGAAUCAGCGGCGCAACUAUGCCCAUGCCCUGGAUGGCCUGUACCGUGUGGCUCGUGAAGAGGGUCUGAGGAAGCUGUUCUCCGGUGCGACGAUGGCCUCUAGCCGCGGGGCCCUGGUCACCGUGGGUCAGCUAUCCUGCUAUGACCAGGCCAAGCAGCUGGUCCUCAGCACCGGAUACCUGUCUGACAACACCUUCACCCACUUCAUCGCCAGCUUCAUUGCGGGUGGAUGUGCCACGUUCCUGUGCCAGCCCCUGGACGUGCUGAAAACCCGCCUGAUGAACUCCAAGGGGGAGUAUCAGGGUGUUUUCCACUGUGCUGUGGAGACCGCGAAGCUUGGACCACUGGCCUUUUACAAGGGCCUCUUUCCCGCAGGUGUCCGGCUCAUCCCCCACACUGUGCUCACCUUCGUGUUUCUGGAACAGCUGCGGAAACACUUCGGUGUCAAAGUGCUGACCUGAUGACCCCCAGGCUGCUGGGCAGCGGGGCUG